AUGGCGACAAUGGUGUUUCGCGGUGACUACUUUAACAAAACAAAACAAACCAGCAUAGCAACCGAUGCUACCCCCACCGACGUUGAUGCCGCCACCUCCUCCGAGAUGGAGAGCAUCACCGACAACCACUCAAGACCCUUGUCUAUAUGGCAACCAGCACAAUUUGCACCAAAAAAGGCAAUAAGAAGAGAGUGA